AUGGGAAUUCUCUCGGGAUCUAUUCCUUGGUUCACUAUGAUGGUUGUUCACAAAAAAUCUGAACUACUUCAGAAAGUUGAUGAUACAAUGGCAGUAUUUCACACUCAUGCUAUUGCAGGAAGCCUCGGCGGAAUACUAACUGGUUUAUUUGCGGAACCAAAAUUAAACCGUUUAUUUUACUCCACAGAAGCCAAGUACAUUGGCCUUUUCUAUGGUUUACAAAUGGGUGAAGUCAAAAACGGAUUCCGGCAGCUAGGACUUCAGUUGUCAGGAAUUGUGUUUGUGGCUGGUCUUAAUAUUAUAGUCACAUCCAUCAUUUGUCUGUUCAUUCAACUAUUUGUACCUUUAAGAAUGUCUGAGAAGCACAUAGAGAUUGGAGAUGAAAUCAUACAUGGUGAAGAAGCUUAUGCUAUGUGGGGAGAUGAUGAAAAACAAAACGUUUAA